GAUUAUUACUAAGCAGAAUGAAAAUAGAUACAUACCGAGAGUAUAUAAACAUUCUGACUAGCCCCGCAUGGUAGAACACGACACAGGAAUAGAACCUUUGAACGAGAGGCAAGACACUCACACAGCAAGAUGAAGGUACUGAGGAAGCCAGAGAAACUUUGUGAGGGAGUCGACCCUGUGGCUGAGCUGAACUGUUUUGUGAAGGAGGACAACACAGCUUGCAGAGAACACUUCUCCGCAGAAUGGGUGGACACAUCCUUGUUUAGCAGACCUGAAGAAAGGUGAGGACAUGGGCAAUAUGUGAUGGAAUUACUGGAGAAAAGUUAGUGCCUAUGGAAAUAGGCUGCUUGUGGUGUAAGGGUGGAUAAGGUUGAUGGAACGGUUUGUGAGAAGAUGUAUGUGUAGAGAAUUUUUAGGGAAAGGGGUAGAGUCAUGUGGGUAGACAAGGGUAGUAGGAAAAAAGUCUGAGACUGGUGGCAUAGAGCCAGGACCAGUGAAAGAGCUGGAGACUAUUAGAACUAGCAUAUAGUGUUGUAUAAUGUUGUGAGAUUAUUAUUUGGUUCCAGACUGGUCUCUAAGAAUAUUUAAUAGUCCAGGUAUUUGCGGAAAAAAACCUAGGUGUUUGCGAAUUAGAUUUCCCAUGUUGCUUAGCCAUCACUGAUCUAGGAAUUACCCAGUAUUCAUCUAGGGAGCAUAUUAAUACAAUUUGGAAGUGUGAGUUCCUUGAUUACCUGGUUGGAACAGCUAAGAAGGACCAUUAGUGACUGUUAGAGGAUGGGAGAUCUUACAGCAACUACCAAAUGUAUUAUAUUAUUCAAUAAAGCAUUUAGCACUUUAUUUUUAUAAUUUUUUAUUUUUGUUAUGCAGGUACAUUCACAGUUAUUAGUAGUCAGGAUAAGAGCGAUAACUGCACAUUUUAAGUCUACAUGACUCAAGAUUCACAGUUGUAUGCCAUCGUUUCAAUGCAUGGCAAAUCAAAUGCCGUAAAUCACACAGAUAGUAAAUCUUAGAUGUAUACACUAUAGCAGAGGUAGGAAACCUACGGCACUAGAGGUGUCUUUGCACGGCACUCAAGGCUGCUAGAACCAAACGCACUCUGGCCUAUCAGGAGUCCCAGUAAAACUUCAGAUAUGUACUAACAUGAAUAGGUGGUGAAGGAAAAUUCUCAAUUUAUGCAUUGCAGCACAUAGAGGAAGUGAUCUCAGAUCACUUCUUCCCAGCACUUGUGAAUGGGAAUCCACACUGUAGUAGAGCAGCCCUCGACAGCUAUCGCAGCUCCUGUCCUUGACCUGUACCUGGCCAGCCUGGUCCCCACUGGAACCCAGGGAACCCACCCACACUGCUAGAUAUUCACGGAGCUGCAGAAUAACCCUCCCCUCAUACAAAUAAUAUGAACAGCCCAAACACACACAACACACAAUCCCCACAAACGCAACACCACUAACAAUCCACAUACAUGCACACAACCCCACAUGCAGCCUCUCACAUACAAUACCCCAAACAGCCCCACACAUACACACAAUACCCCAAACAGCCCCCCAAAUACACAAUGUGACAUAUCCAUCCACACACACAAUUCCACAAGCAGCCCUCAUACACAGCCCACAUUCAUAUGUAUCAUACACGAUACCAUAAACUACUAAUGAACAUAUACAAUAUAAUAGCUUAUAUACGCACAAAUACAAUGAUACAAAGCAAUUACAGUAAAAAUAACAAAAGCAGAAUACGGCAGCAUACACACCUCAAUUUAAAAAAAAUAGGACGGGCACACUACGGGACAUCACAAUCCUAUAUCGGCACAGUGCUACUAAAAGGUUGCCUACCCCUUCACUAUAGCCUAAGGAACAUUGAGAGCAAUCAAAAUGCAAUAACCAAUUAAAGGGGCCACAUGAUAAAGCAGUAUGUAUAAUAAUAUAAGUCGAUAGAAUGGCAAAGCGGUAAGGCUGAUGUAGAAGAGCAAAGACUGAAUCUGGGUUUUAGGUCCAGAUUCUUGGCUAAAUACAGAGCUAACUUUUGCAACAUUUAAAGUUAUGGUGAGAACUUAAGUCAAGACUAAAGUACCACGUUAAAUGCCAUCUGGAUAAAAUUAGCUCUUUUUACCUUAACAAAAGAACAUAUUAGAACAAAAGGGCACAAAUUAAAGCUGCUGUUUAUAAGACAAGGCUUAUAUAAAAAGCCCUUUUUUUUAUAGAAAAUCCUAAAGACUUCUGGAUUCUGGAAUAGUCUAGCAGCAAGAAGUUGUUGGAGUAGAAUGACUGUGGUUGUGUAUUGUUCUUCUGUCAAUAUGUUUAAUUUCUAAGAAUUCUCCAUGGCCAUAACUAAUGUCUUGCUGGUUUUCCGUCUGCAGCUGCAGUGCCCGUGAUGCUGAUGUUUGGCGGAGGGAGAGUUUUAGACAACAAGGUCAGACUUGUUUCCUGGUCCAGCGCUCUCCAGCACAGAUAAUGAAGAUGGGCCCUCUGGGCCACAGCUUAAGACAGUACAAGCUGCCCUACCAACGCUCAUUGCCCAUACCCAUCUUCAAACCUGCAGACCUCAUCACCAAAAUGGAACGCAUUGAUACACCACCCCAGCUACGCAGCAUGAUCAACUUUGAAAGGGCUCUCAGUCAUAGCGGUAGUGAUGGAGUGUGCCAAGACAAGACCCCUGUAUCUAAAAUUACAAAGGAGCUACCACCAGUCAUGCAGCCAGCAAGGGUGGAUUUGGAUAAACCUGGCCUGGCAAGUUCUUUCUCCAGGUCCAUUUCUCAAGAGGUCCAAAGGGGCUAAAAGAGAGAAUGGGUUAUCAGCCAAACCUCCUUGUAUACUAAUCUUAGGAUUGCCGGUUAGAAUGCAGUGUGUCUCUGCAUUUUGUUUGCACUAGAAUGUUUGCUACUGUUUAUACAUGUUUUAUAAUGGCAUGAUUAUUUCAUGCCCAGUGGCAAUUUAUUUAUUAGCAAGUCAUUUUAAAACUUUAUUGAAUGUUCGAGAAACAUUUAUAAAAAGAUAUGUAUGACUCUCGUUGUACGUCAGAUUCCAGGAAUCAUUAUGUAGAAUAUGCUGUUAAGCUUUAAGACAUACAGGAGGAGACCACGAUUUUUUUACCUUCUUCUGUAAAAUAGCCCUAAGCAUAAUGUGUGUAUUUUGGGGUAGUCCAUUCACUGGCCGGGUCCCGUUAACAGGUGUGGCUUAACAAGCAGUGAAUAAAUGGACUAUUUAUACAGAAAAAUCAUUCUCGUUGGUAGAGGAUGUGUAAUUUAAGGAGAGAUAGCAGGAUAUGCUUUCUGAUUUGACACACAAAUAAAUUUGAGAUUGUAGACAUGUGGGCAUCGGAAAAGAAAUGUAUGUGGCUGAAAAUGGAAUUAGUUGUUUAAAUGACAAAUAAAAAAAGAUUGCAGGGAUUAGAUCACAGUUUUGAUAUCUGGAAAGGGGGAAUACCUCCGCGUCAAAGAUAUUAACAUGGGGCACACAAUCUUUUUUAGUGAGGACUUAUUAGACCUUCCUAUUACCCAUCAGAUUAAGAGGAGCUGAAUGGACAGAAGAACAAGUUGAGGAGUUGGGAUUGUAUCUGGACAAGGGCAUGAAGAUUUUAUAGGAGAAAGAGUGGUCAGUUGAGCUAUUUUUUAAAGUAGAACCUAAGGUGUCCAAUUGGGGAGAUUAAGCUAGUGUUACUUAGUAUAAACAUCUUCAGGGGCCGUUUAGGGAUUCAUACAUUUUUGUAGUUGGUUUACAAAGCUAUCACUUUGUCAUUUUUAUGUAUACUGUUUGAUAUUUAUAUUUGUAUAUGUUUAUAUCUAUGUUAUGAUAAUUGUCACUUUCUAAAUUUAAUAAAAAUAAUUCAUAUGAGCUUUUA